AUGAGUCGACGGCGUGCAAGUGACGACGAGUGGGACGGCUUACCGGUCUGGGGACCAACAACGAGAUCAAAGAAGCGGCUCGUGUUUGUGAAAGCGACGGGUGUGCAUCUGCGCACUGUUGAGCCAGCAGCAAGAGCCGCAGAUGAAGAGGAUUCAGCUUCGUUCUACAAGCGUAUCACGACAGAGCGAGCAGUCAGUCCUGACUUCAUGGAGAUACCUGCACCGGAGCAGCUCAACCGAUGCACAGUCUGCGCCGUCACAUAUCCUCGUGGCCGCGCAGACGAGCAUCACAGAUCAUUGGCGCACCUGAUUGCCGCUGAUCCCUCGUCCAUCACACCCUCGACGCAGUAUGGUCUCAAAUCUACCAACCUGGGCUGGCAAGCGCUUCAGCAGCAAGGUUGGCAAGAAGGUCGUCCGCUGGGCAGGGACGGAUCGGGGCUCAAAGUGCCCAUUCGCCCUUCCGUCAAACGAGACCGCAGCGGGAUCGGGAUGGAGCAAAAGAAGGAGCGCUUGGCUGACAGGCAGUAUGUCAUCAAGUCUACAAAACCUGUAGAGCCUAUACUGCCGGCGCGACCAUUGACUGCAAAGGAGAUACAACGACAAAAGAAGGCGGAAACGGACCAGUGGAAAGCAGUCUAUGCUGAUCUGAACGCUUGA